AUGCCGAAUCGCAAUCUUAUGAUGCGAUGUUGCGUAUUUCGCCAGCGCACCGAGAAAGGCAUCUCUGCUGGGGAGGUCAUCUCGACUCCAAUCCCUCCACCCGAUGACGAGGACGAUGACGAGGACGAUGGCGAGGACGAUGAAGACGGCGAAGACUGUCCCGCCGGCGCCCCCGGAGUUGAAACCGGUGCAGCCCACGACGGCUGUGUAGGAGAAGCCGUGGACACAACAAAUAUCGGCGGAGGAGAAACCACCAUCGUCAGUGGCAUGACGGGCUGGACAUAUUGA